AUGUCCUUCGAGGUGGCCAGGCUCAGCAUGAGAAACCGAAGGAACGGCACGCUGGACAGCACCCGGACCCUGUACUCCAGCAUGUCUCGGAGCACAGACGUGUCCUACAGCGAAAGCGACUUGGUGAAUUUUAUUCAAGCAAAUUUUAAGAAACGGGAGUGUGUCUUCUUUACCAAAGACUCCAAGGCCACGGACAACGUGUGCAAGUGUGGCUAUGCCCAGAGCCAGCACAUAGAAGGCACCCAGACCAACCCAAACGAGAAAUGGAGUUACAAGAAACACACCAAAGAAUUUCCAACCGAUGCCUUUGGGGAUAUUCAGUUUGAGACUCUGGGGAAGAAAGGGAAGUAUAUCCGCUUGUCCUGUGACACGGACGCGGAGACCCUCUAUGAGCUGCUGACGCAGCACUGGCACCUGAAAACGCCCAACCUUGUCAUUUCCGUGACCGGCGGCGCCAAGAACUUCGCCCUGAAGCCGCGCAUGCGCAAGAUCUUCAGCCGCCUCAUCUACAUCGCGCAGUCCAAAGGUGCCUGGAUUCUCACAGGAGGCACCCAUUAUGGCCUGAUGAAGUACAUCGGGGAGGUGGUGAGAGACAACACCAUCAGCAGGAAUUCAGAGGAGAACAUCGUAGCCAUUGGCAUAGCGGCUUGGGGCAUGGUCUCCAACAGGGACACCCUCCUCAGGAAUUGCGAUGCUGAGGGAUAUUUUUCAGCUCAAUACAUAAUGGAUGACUUCAAGAGAGACCCUCUGUAUAUCCUGGACAACAAUCACACCCAUUUGCUGCUUGUGGACAACGGCUGCCACGGACAUCCUACAGUUGAAGCGAAACUCCGGAAUCAGCUGGAGAAGUACAUCUCCGAGCGCACUAUUCAAGAUUCCAACUAUGGUGGCAAGAUCCCCAUUGUGUGUUUUGCCCAAGGAGGUGGCAAAGAGACUUUGAAGGCCAUCAACACCUCCAUCAAAAGUAAAAUCCCCUGUGUGGUGGUGGAAGGUUCAGGGCAGAUUGCGGACGUGAUCGCGAGCCUGGUGGAGGUGGAGGACGCCCUGACAUCUUCCGUGGUCAAGGAGAAGCUGGUGCGUUUCUUACCCCGCACGGUGUCCCGGCUGCCUGAGGAAGAGACUGAGAGUUGGAUCAAAUGGCUCAAAGAAAUUCUGGAAAGUUCUCACCUAUUAACAGUUAUUAAAAUGGAAGAAGCUGGGGAUGAAAUUGUGAGCAAUGCGAUUUCCUAUGCUUUGUACAAAGCCUUUAGCACCAAUGAACAAGAUAAGGAUAACUGGAACGGGCAGCUGAAGCUUCUGCUGGAAUGGAACCAGCUGGACCUCGCCAAUGACGAGAUCUUCACCAACGACCGCCGAUGGGAGUCUGCUGACCUUCAAGAAGUCAUGUUUACGGCUCUCAUAAAGGACAGACCCAAGUUCGUCCGCCUCUUUCUGGAGAAUGGGUUGAACCUGCGGAAGUUUCUCACCAACGACGUCCUCACUGAACUCUUCUCCAACCACUUCAGCACCCUUGUCUACCGGAACCUUCAGAUUGCCAAGAAUUCCUAUAAUGACGCCCUCCUCACAUUUGUCUGGAAGCUGGUGGCUAACUUCCGGAGAGGCUUCCGGAAGGAAGACAGAAACAGCAGGGACGACAUAGACGUAGAAUUUCACGACGUGUCUCCAAUCACUCGGCACCCGCUGCAAGCACUCUUCAUCUGGGCCAUUCUGCAGAACAAGAAGGAACUCUCCAAGGUCAUUUGGGAGCAGACCAGGGGCUGCACUCUGGCGGCCCUGGGAGCCAGCAAGCUUCUGAAGACUCUGGCCAAGGUGAAGAAUGACAUCAAUGCCGCAGGGGAGUCCGAGGAGCUGGCAAAUGAGUACGAGACCCGUGCAGUUGAGCUGUUCACGGAGUGCUACAGCAGCGAUGAGGACCUGGCCGAGCAGCUGUUGGUCUACUCGUGUGAAGCCUGGGGCGGAAGCAACUGCCUGGAGCUGGCGGUGGAGGCGACGGACCAGCACUUCAUCGCCCAGCCCGGGGUCCAGAAUUUUCUUUCCAAGCAAUGGUAUGGAGAGAUUUCCCGAGACACCAAGAACUGGAAGAUUAUCCUGUGUUUAUUCAUGAUCCCCUUGGUUGGCUGUGGCUUUGUAUCCUUCAGGAAGAAGCCCAUCGACAAGCACAAGAAAGUCCUGUGGUACUACGUGGCCUUCUUCACCUCCCCCUUCGUGGUCUUCGCCUGGAACGUGGUCUUUUACAUCGCCUUCCUCCUGCUCUUUGCCUACGUGCUGCUCAUGGAUUUUCACUCGGUGCCGCACUCCCCCGAGCUGGUCCUCUACGCCCUGGUCUUUGUCCUGUUCUGCGAUGAAGUGAGGCAGUGGUACAUGAAUGGGGUGAAUUAUUUCACCGACCUGUGGAAUGUCAUGGACACGCUUGGGCUUUUUUACUUCAUAGCAGGCAUUGUGUUUCGGCUCCACCCUUCUAAUAAAACCUCUUUGUAUUCCGGACGAGUCAUCUUUUGCCUGGAUUACAUUAUAUUCACUCUAAGGUUGAUCCACAUUUUCACCGUAAGCAGAAAUUUAGGACCCAAGAUUAUAAUGUUGCAGAGGAUGCUGAUCGACGUGUUCUUCUUCCUGUUCCUUUUUGCGGUGUGGAUGGUGGCCUUUGGCGUGGCCAGGCAAGGGAUCCUCAGGCAAAAUGAACAUCGCUGGCGGUGGAUAUUCCGCUCUGUUAUCUACGAGCCCUACCUGGCCAUGUUCGGCCAGGUGCCCAGCGACGUGGAUGGCACCACGUACGACUUUGCCCACUGCACCUUCACUGGGAAUGAGUCCAAGCCACUGUGCGUGGAGCUGGACGAGCACAACCUGCCUCGGUUCCCUGAGUGGAUCACCAUCCCCCUCGUAUGCAUCUACAUGCUCUCCACCAACAUCCUGCUGGUCAACCUGCUCGUGGCCAUGUUUGGCUACACUGUGGGCACGGUCCAGGAGAACAACGACCAGGUCUGGAAGUUCCAAAGGUACUUUCUGGUGCAGGAGUACUGCAACCGGCUGAACAUCCCCUUCCCCUUCGUGGUCUUUGCCUACUUCUACAUGGUGGUCAAGAAGUGCUUCGGGUGCUGCUGCAGGGAGAAAAACGCCGAGCCUUCCGCCUGCUGUUUCAGAAAUGAAGACAACGAGACUCUGGCGUGGGAGGGUGUCAUGAAAGAAAAUUACCUUGUCAAGAUCAACACGAAAGCCAAUGACACCUCAGAAGAAAUGAGGCAUCGGUUUAGACAGCUGGAUACAAAGAUUAAUGAUCUCAAGGGUCUUCUGAAAGAGAUUGCUAAUAAAAUCAAAUAGAACUUCAUGGACUGUAAUGGAGAAAAAUCUAAUUAUAGCAAGGUGACAUCAGAAAUCUAAGUGGGAAGGCGUCAAGAAAGGCUGAAGAACAGUUUGGUUACUGACUGCUCAGUAAGAAGUGUUCAGGCCCUGGUGUGUCCGGCAGAUGGCUUUCAUCACCCGGUGUGCUCAAAUCUGAGAAACAGACACGUGAUGGGUUUUACACGAGAAGAUGGACGUGAAGGGAGAGCCUCCCCGGACGGCUGCCCUGUGACUUCCCUGAGUCUUGAUCACUCCGACUUGCUGUGGAUCACUUUAGAGUGUGUUCCUGCACCCCCUUUCCUCCUUCACUUCCCCUCCUUCCGACCCGUGCACAUUACAUCUCUCCUGGGAAGAAGAGCCGGGUGGUGCCUCCCCCCAUACCGUUGUUGUUUAGCUCAAUCCACUCUCUGCUGCUUCCCUUUCUGGAGUGUGUGACUAGUUAGUCGGCAUGUUGUUAAAAGUAUCCCCAAUCAGGGCAGAUUCUAAAACACGGUGGAGCAAGAGGACCCUGCUCUUCUCAGGAAAGACAAUUCUCGCUUCUCAUGAUGCUUUUUAUCUAUCGAAGGAGGUGACAAAGCCGCAUCCUACCCUCUCACACUUCACCAGGAGCUCUCCAUUCUUAAAGAUGUGAAGAAUCACCUGGAAAUGGGACCUUGAGAGGCACCCUUGAUUUUGUUUUCAGUGGGUGCUCCUUUCUUCUCUUAUUCCUCCUUUCCCCAGUAAAAAUAAACCACGGAUAUUAUAGAAAAUUCAGACUACAUGGAAAAGUAGAAGGAAUAUAAAUAGUCCCGCUAGUGGUUAAAGAUAAUCACUGCUAACAUUUUAGGGUGUGUUUCCAAAUCUAUUUCUUAUCUAUGCAUAUUUUAUUUCUCUUAUAAAAUUUUACAUGAUGUCAUCAUACCACACAUACAAUUUUGUAUAAGCUUUUUCACUUAGUAUUUUAUCAAAGAUGUUUUUGUUAUAUUCAUGGUCUCCUUAAACAUUAUAUUAAUGAUUCAACCUCUAAUGAUUUCCAAAAUGCUGGUCAUUGAAGGCUGGUUCUGAUUGGUUGGUGAGAUGAGCAUCUUGGUGCAUGAAUCUUUUUCUGCAUUUGGGAAAUUUUCCCACAGCUAGACUCCUGGGCGUAUUUAAUGAUUAUCAAAUCAUUUACAAGGCUUUUUCAUAAAUGUAUAGCAAAUAGGAAUUAUUAACUCUAGUCUAAGAUAUGAGAUAUGUGAACUUAGAACUCUUAACAUAAGGUAUUAUAUUUAAUCCUUAGUUUAGGCAGAAAUCAACACACUUAUUUAAAUAUUGCAGAUGGUGAAGAUAUGGGUGUAGAAUUGGGGGGGGGUCACCUUUCUGAACACUUCUAGUGCCAGCUUUCUCUGGAAGUGGUGGUGGCUUUGCCCAAAAGAUGUGCUGGAAGAACAGAAGGCACUUCAAGUGUCCAUAAUUAGUUUUUCCAGCCUUGAAUAGACUAUAAACUCAGUGGCUGAAGAAGGAAAUCUUGGAAGGAAGCUAUUAAAAGAUCAUCCAAUUAAAAAAACUACAAAAGCAUGAACCAAAGAAAGUGUUUUAUCAUUUUGUCUGGGCUUUAGUUAAAAUGAUUACUCACAACAUUCAUAAUGUUGGGAGGGAAUGAAUACAUGGGAAUGAAUGGGUUUUUUUUUUUCUUUUUACUUAAACCUUAUUAAUGGCUUAAGGGGAAUCCUCUUCAGUAGGGCUGUUGAGCUCAUGGUUUCAGAUACUAAAAGUAGGUGGAAUAAAAUUUGUAUGACAAAAAUUGCCAAUGAGUGGAAUUUUCAAAACUUCUCUGUUCGUGGGAGAAUGUUACUUUUUUUUUUUAAAGAUUUUAUUUAUUUAUUCGACAGAGAUAGAGACAGCCAGCUAGAGAGGGAACACAAGCAGGAGAGUGGGAGAGGAAGAAACAGGCUUCCAGCAGAGGAGCCUGAUGUGGGGCUCGAUCCCGGAACGCUGGGAUUACGCCCUGAGCCGAAGGCAGACGCUUAACCGCUGUGCCACCCAGGCGCCCCGAGAAUGUUACUUUUGUUUCAACUAGAGUAUCUGCCUUUUCCGAAGCCACCAAGAGGAGGCUUAGGUCCUCUUGGUGGUGCCGGGCAAAGGGAAAGUGUGUGGCAACGUGUGUGAGGUUGGCCCGGGAGAAACAGCGGUCUCAACCCCAUACCCUCCUUCAAGUAGUGAAUGUGAAUUAAAAUCAGUAAAUCAACUGAAAACCUCUUCUAAGACAAAAUUUAGCGUAACUGUUGGCUGGUCCCCCUCAAUGCAUUUGUCCAUAUACUCCUAUUUCUGCUGCCCGUGUUUUUGAUCAGUGUGAGAAAGAGGCCUACGCGCCCCAUAGUAUCAGAGGCAAAAAGUUCUCUUUUUGACAAUAAUGACAGAGAGCCUGGACCACACCCAGAAUUCACUGGUCCUGGAGAAGAAAGUGUUUUCAACUCAGCUUAUCUGGUAGAUGUUUUUGCAAGGCUAUGCCAUGUGAUUUUUGCAUAUGCAAACUUGUUAUUUGAAGUGUAGCUCACAGAAACAGCACAGGUGUGGCUGGGCACCUCUAACCGGAGCCGCUGUGCCUUCGUGGGUGGGGCUGUCUCUGGGUCCUGUGCGCCCUGUGCCACGGGUAACCCUGCAACUUGGUUUCAGUGAGUGUGUUAGUGAAUUAAAUACAAGGAAGAACUGUCUGG